UGAUGGAAUACGUUAUAGAAUCUAUGAUGGGCCGUCUAUAUAUCGGUCGUCAACUAUCAUCGACCGUCAACUAUCCGUGGACGGACAAUUUUGCCGGUGUAUUAGUCGCGGGUCACCUUAAAGAUGAUCCUCAAAUCUUAGCCAUACUCAGAUCUUGGGAUGAACAACUGAAAACAGUGCCAAUCGACACAGAUUUGUCAAUAUCACGGAUGUAAAGCAAAGGGAUUAGCGAAUUGUGGCUUCCAGCAACUAUUUUCGAGGCAGACCAUGCGGACAACGAUGUGUUUAUUAGAGGGCAACAACUGGGACAUUAUUUGCUUUUGAGAGGGAUAUUUGAAUGGCGGGAAAGAAUCCUUUAAUAUGCAAAAUAGUCGGGCGUCGAACGCCAAAAACUUAUGAUGAAGUGUUUAAUUUAUAAGCAAACAUUUGAAUAAAAUCAUACCCGAAGGUGUACAAAUGAAUUCGUUCAUCUCAAGUUCCCCGUAUUUAUAUAAGGAUUUUCGUCAGUAAAUUUAGUCCAUGUUAAAGUAUUGGGAAAAUGCUGAUAGCGAUAGGAUAGUAUGGAUAAUCCUUGUGACAAUAUCGAUUCAGAAAUUGGUGACGCGAAAACUCCCGUCGGCGUCGACAAUGUUGCCGUCGACAUCUCGGACGAGAAAGAUCACAAAGCGAAUGGAAAGAUACCGCUCGAGGAGGGGUUGGAUCCAUGGUCAACUCAUGAUAUCGCCCUGAAAGACCCCGGCAAAUCAUGGGCUGAACUCGAUACAAAAGGGAAGGUAGUGCGCGUUUUGUGGCAUUACAUCGGGAAGAUUCUCCUACUAGUCGGGUUCCUUUAUCUCUUCAUUUGUUCUCUCGAUGUGCUCAGCUCGGCUUUCAAGCUGUUGGGAGGUCGAGUUGCUGGUCGUGCAUUCGCCGACAACGAGCUUCUCCAGAAUCCAGUUGCUGGCUUGAUGGUCGGUGUCUUAGCUACAGUCCUGGUCCAGAGCUCAUCCACAUCAACCAGCAUCGUUGUUACCAUGGUAGCAGCCAAUAUUUUGUACGUAAAGACGGCGAUUCCCAUCGUCAUGGGCGCUAACAUUGGCACGUCAGUCACCAACACCAUUGUCUCCAUGGGCCACCUUGUGGAUCAAAACGAAUUCAGGAGGGCUUUUGGUGGCGCCACUGUCCACGAUAUGUUCAACUGGCUGACCGUUCUCAUCCUGUUACCCAUUGAGGUUCUGACUGGAUAUCUUUAUCGUUUGUCCAAGGCGAUCGUGAACAGCAUGGAACUUGAAACAUACACGUCAGGAAAACAGGAACUUCUCAAAGCAGUUACCAAACCUUUCACACGGCUAAUUGUCAAGGUGGACUCUCAAGGUAUUGCCAAAAUAGCCUCAGGGGACGAGGAAGCCUCGGAAUCAUCUCUAAUAAAGAUUUGGUGCAAAUACAACACGACCUAUCGCAUGGAGAACCAGACCGUCACCAAUCUGACCGAGGUGAAUGGCCUCAAUAUGACCUUGAACUUUACUGAAGAGGUCAUGGUCGAACACAAGAUCGGGUCCGAAAAAUGCCCCUUCAUGUUCAUGAACGUAGCGGGAGUAUGGAGUGACGAGGCGAUCGGCGCCAUCUUACUUUUCAUAGCCCUCUUCAUCCUCUGCGCAUGCCUGGUUCUGAUCGUCAAGCUGCUGAACUCUCUGCUCCGUGGAAGCAUCGCAAAGGCUCUCAAGAAAUUCGUCAAUUCCGAUUUCCCGGGAAAAUUAGGCUUCCUCACCGGAUACAUCGCCAUUAUACUUGGCGCUGGCUUGACAAUUCUGGUCCAAUCGAGUUCAAUUUUCACGUCGACCUUGACCCCGUUGGUGGGGAUCGGUGUUCUGAGCAUCGACCGGAUGUAUCCGUUGACCUUGGGGUCAAAUAUCGGCACAACAGCAACAGGAAUGCUAGCAAGUUUAGCAUCAUCUGGUAAAACGUUACCCAACGCCAUGCAAGUCGCUUUUUGUCAUUUGUUUUUUAAUAUCACGGGCAUUCUCAUUUGGUACCCCGUGCCGUUCAUGAGGCAGAUCCCCAUAAAGAUGGCGAUGUUCCUGGGAAACGAGACGGCAAAAUAUCGCUGGUUCGCGGUGGUCUACUUAAUAAUGAUGUUCUUCUGCCUCCCAGCGCUUGUAUUUGGACUGUCUCUUGCUGGAUGGUACAUUUUACUAGCCGUCUGCGCUCCUUUCGCCCUGUUAGCCAUAGUGAUCUUGAUAAUCAAACUCAUUCAAAACAAACGUCCAACAUGUCUGCCGGUGAAAAUGCGAACAUGGAAAUGGCUACCGGAACCGCUGAGGUCGCUUGCACCACUAGACAGAGUGUUCAGACGGAUGUGCGCGUGUUGCAAGUCGUGUAAACAAGAGGAAAAUGGCGUAGAGCUGUCUGUUGAUGAAAACGAGAAAGGAGGGCUGGAAAACUCGGCCUAUUCUUUUGAAACGCAUAUGUGACAGUUCUGGGAGAAGCGUCAUUUUGUGUUUUGUUAAAAAAUGUACGGGGAACGCGUCGGGUUUUAAGAUUCUGUGUUUCGUUAUCUAUAGCCCUGCACUUUGUUGCUCGAUACGCAAAAUUCUGCCACUUCGUGCAAAGCAAAUAUUGGUUCACGUCGCUCUGACGAAGCCUGAAAAUAACGGUGUGUUUUUAUAAUGUUUUUAUUUAAUAUGCUUAGUUUCUUAUCAAUAUC